UCGUCGCCUUCAUCUCAGUAAAUUCUUUCCUGCUCAUCUAUUUUCAUCCUCCAAAUAGCCUCUAUGGCUGCCACUCAGCAUUACCUCUGGGCGUCUGGCCACUUCAUCUUGCUGCUCUCAGCAUUGCGAUAUUUUAUCGCCUGGAUCACUUUUAAGAGUGUCUCGUCUUGGUGGUACAAAACGAGUUACACUGGUGCACUCGUCAGCUAUGCCAUUGUCUGCCAAAAAGCUCUAGGCACUCCUCAACCCAACCUUGCCUACGUCAGGCGGGCAAUGAUGGAUGAAAACGUCCAAUAUCUUUUACUUGCAUUCUUUUGGUGGUCUUCCAAGCCCAUUGCUAUCACCCUUCUUCCAUUCAGCAUCUUCUCCUUGUUCCAUGCACUGACCUUUACGCGAACGACCCUGAUGGCUCAGUUCCUUCCACCAGGACCACCUGCUACCUCUGGAGGACCGCUUACACCACAUCCCUAUGCGAAGAAGCUCCAGGUCUGGGUUAAAAACAACUAUGACUCCGCAAUGCGUGCAGUGGCCUACACCGAACUUCUCAUUCUCGUUCGAGUUGUUCUCGGAGCCCUCGUGUUUCAAAACUCACUUCUCUCCCCCGUUGUUUAUGUUCACUUUUUACGGCAACGAUACUACCAGUCAGCGUUCACUCGUGAUGCCUUUGCUGCUACAGAUGCUCGCAUCAACGCGCUGCUUGCUCAGCAGAACAACCCGACCUUGGCCAACAUCUGGUCUCAGGCGCGGCGGUUGAUAGCUCGCUGGGGAGGAAGCAACAUUACGCCUGCUGCAGCGCCUGCGGGUGGACAGUAAAUUUAUCUUGGUAGAACGCGCCUCGAUGCAAAUCUUAUUGGACUGGUUUGACGAUGUGUAUAUACUCCACUGAACGAAAUGGCGGGUUUCGUAGAUAUAUUGCAGUAGGCUGAGUCUCCAAUACAUACACACACAUUUGAAAGCAUGGUGUCUAC